AUGGCUGGGGGUGUGUGGGGCCGGGGCCGGGAUGGCCCUGUGGGGUCCCUAACUCUGACAGCUCUAGCUGAAGGAAUCCGGGCUAACCAGGGGCAGCCUGUGGGACCCUCCUCUACAGGCCCUCAGGCUGAGCACCUGGAGCUUGGACCUGAGGCUGAGAUCCACCCUCGAACGCUCACCCCCGCCUCGGAGGCCCAGCUUGGGAAUGAAGUGGUUGCCCCAACAGCUGGCAGUGGAAACUGUUCCCCACACAACGCCAGGGAGCCAGCCCCUGAGAGAUUCUACCAGGUCUCCCAGUACUCCUGGGAGGAAGGGACGCUUGCAGAUCUUGCGGUGUAUACAGCUGCCUGUUUGGAGGACGCUGGGUAUGCCGGGACCCAAGCAACAGCGCUCACCCUGUCCUCAGCCCUGGAGGCCCGUGGCCAGCGAUUGGAGGACCAGGUCCACAGUCUGGUGCGUGGACUGCUGGCACAGGUGCCUAGCCUGGCGGAGGGGAGGCCCCGGCGGGCAGCCCUCCGGGUGCUGAGCGCGCUGGCUCUGGAGCAUGCGCAGGACGUGGUGUGUGCGCUGCUACCCAGUUCACUUCCCCCUGACCGGGCAGCCGCCGAGCUGUGGCGAAGUCUAAGCAGGAACCAGCGCGUCAACGGGCAGGUGCUGGUGCAACUGCUGUGGGCACUGAAGGGCACCGCAGGUCCUGAGCCCGAGGCACUGGCAGCCACGCGUGCUCUUGGAGAGAUGUUGGCAGUCUCUGGCUGCGUGGGAGCCACGCGAGGCUUCUACCCUCACCUGCUCUUGGCACUGGUCACCCAGCUACACGAGCUGGCUCAAGGUGUUCAUUCCCCGGAGAGCCCUAAGGUUUGGGAGCCUUCUCGCCGAGGCCCACCUCACAGCCACGCCAGCUGCACAGUGGAGGCCUUGAAGGCUCUGCUCAGUGGGGACGGUGGCCGCAUGGUAGUCACGUGCAUGGAGCAAGCAGGAGGCUGGAGGAGACUGGUAGGAGCCCACACUCACCUGGAGGGCGUCCUGCUGCUAGCCAGCGCCAUGGUGACGCAUGCGGACCACCACCUGCGAGGCCUUUUUGCAGACUUGCUUCCUCGGCUACGAAGCGCCAACAACCAGCAGCGCCUCACCGCUAUGGCUUUCUUUACCGGGCUGUUGCAGAGCCAGCCCACUGCACGCCUUUUGCGUGAGGAAGUCAUCCUGGAGCGGCUUCGAACCUGGCAGGGCGACCCAGAGCCCACCGUGCGCUGGCUAGGCCUCCUUGGCCUUGGGCACCUUGCCAUGAAUCGUGGGAAGAUAAGGCAUGUGAACACGCUGCUGCCGGUACUCCUAAGAGCGCUGGGCGAGGGGGACGCGAGGCUCGUGGGCGCUGCCCUGGGUGCGCUGCGGAGAAUACUGCUGCAGCCAGGAGCACCUGUGAGGCUCCUCAGCUCUGAACUGCGACCACGCCUCCCGCCGCUACUGGACGAUGCUCGGGACUCUGUCCGCGCUUCAGCUGUGGGACUCCUCGGGACGCUGGUGCGGCGGGGACAGAGGGGUCUCCGGUUGGGGCUUCGGGGACCCCUGCGGAAAUUGGUGCUACAGAGUCUGGUGCCGUUGCUGCUGCGUCUCCAUGACUCCAGCCAGGACGCCGCUGAGAGCUCGGAGUGGACACUAGCCCGCUGUGAUCGGGCCCUUCGAUGGGGCCUCCUGGAGGAGAUGGUUACUGUGGCCCACUAUGACAGCCCGGAGGCUCUAAGCCGUGUCUGCCACUGCCUGGUUCAGCGGUAUCCAAGCCAUGUUCAGUAUUUCCUGAGUCAGACCCAGGGCUACCUGCGCAGCCCACAGGACGCCUUGCGCCGCGCAGCCACUGUGCUAAUAGGCUUCCUGGUCUAUCACGCUAGCCCCAAUGGAGUCAGUCAGGACCUGUUGGACUCUCUGUUCCAGGAUCUAGGACAGCUGCAGGGCGACCCGGAGUCUUCGGUGUCCUCGGCGGCGCGAGUAUCUGCCCAGCAGGUGGCGCUGCUCGCUCAGGCGCAAGUCCAAACACGCCGCCCCCGCCUCUUCCGUUUCAUCCGCCAUCAUUCAUAUCCGACAAGGCCCCAUCCACUCUAUGACGAUAGUCCAUUCCUACGCCGGAGCCUUGCAGGCCGAUGGAGCUGCCCCGAACCUCGUUGA